CUUUUCAAGGCGUGGGUGUUUCGAAGUAGUUUCGGCGGUACAUGUGACUGAUUGAUUUUUAGAAAUGGGAAAAAAGACAAAGAAAAAUCGUUUCAAUCAAAGCGUCGAUGUGGAUAUUGUUUAUUCCAGCAACACAAUAGCUGAUAUGGACCCCACAGAUAAUUUAGCGGAGCUCAAUCUAACAAAAGAAAAAGCAGAAGAGCUACAAAAAAUCAGGGCGAAAUUGCCGACGUUCACCUCGACUUCCUCAGUUGAGAGUGAGUUGGCCAAGCUUCCUACAGAGAAACCCUUCAGGGCGUUUGUUUACAAUGUGUCAUAUACGGCCACUGAACAAGAUGUUGCAGAUUUCUUUUCUCCUCUCCAGGUAACAAAUAUAAAUAUUGUUGGUGGGGACAGUGGGUCACGUGGUUUCUGCUUUGUUGAUUUCGCGAGUCGCGAAGACUUGGCCAAAGCAUUACAACGUAGUGACUCGUCACUUGCUGGUCGACAAGUUAAUGUCCGCAUUGCCGCUCCAAAUAACAAUGAACGUGGUGGAUUUGGGCGUGAAAAGAGUGCAUUUGGCGGUAUGCGUCGUAGUGAAGUGCCUUCUGAUCGUCAACGGGGUGGCUAUAGACCUCCUUCACUUCGAGAUAGCGGUGAUGAUAAUCAGUCAUCAUGGGAGAGAGGUUUUGUUAGCCGUACAGGUGCUUCCAGAUCUUCUGCUUUUACACCAUCAAGUCAAAGCCGUCCAUCCUUAGAAUCUGGCUUUAAAUCAACAAUACCAUCAACAGAUGCCCCACCAAAGCUUAAUCUACUUCCUCGUACUAUACCAAAAGAGUCGAAUGAUGAACACAUAUCUGAACGUUAUUCUAAAAUAUUUGGUCAAGCUCGACCAGUUGAUACUUCGGUUAGAGAACGUGAAGUUGGUGAACGAUUGGCAGCUGCGGCUGCUUCUGCUACUACGACUACUACAACCAAUCAAGCUAAUAUCUCUUCAGACUCUUAAGAAAAAAUAAUAAUAAUAAAGCCUUUCCCCUUGUUUUUACAAAUAUUCAGCGUGUUUUUUAUUUUUUAUUGUUACUGAAAGAGGUUUCGAAUAAUAAUAAUAAUUUAAGGAGGCGGGGUGAUACAGAGGUACUCAUUUUGUGUGUGUGUAUGUGUGCGCGUGCGCAAGUCUCUGAACUCAUAAGGUUAAGGCCUACUGUAGGGCAUAACCUCCUAGUAUUGUUUCUUUUUCUGUUUAUUAUAAUAUUUUUUGUAAAGCUGUUUCUCUAAGUUUUUCAUGCUUUCAUUGUCUGACCUCUCUCUCUGUCUGUUUGUCUCUGUCUUACCGUUUUCACGGAUAUCAAAUGCUAGCUUGAUUGUUUUGUGUAUUAUAUAAUACUGGCUCUAACAAAUUGUGUAGUGUUUAUUACUAUUACUAUUAUUUUCUUCUUCUUGUGAGAACACCUAACACUAACUUGAGGCGGUGUGUAGAGAGUUUUGAUUUCUGUAUCUAACUUAAUUUGGAAAAAAUAGAGUUUCUUUAGUAGAGUGUCACAAGUGUGUGUGUGUGUGUUCGUUUAUCUAAAAGAUAGCGUUACAUUUUUCUUUUCUUUCUUUUACGCUUGUCAAUAAAGCAAAGAUGAUAAGAAGAUGAUAUCA